CGAGCCGGGUGGCGCGGUCGCCGGGCGCGAGGGAGGGCCGGGCUGCUCCUCCGCCCUCUGGGGCCAGUGCGUGGAGCCGCGCACCUGGCAACGGCGCCGCGUCCCCGCCCGCGCCGCCCCGCACCCCCUGCCGGCGGCCUCGAGCGCUCGCUCGCUCGUUGAUGCCGUUCCGGGGGUGACCCGGCGGGGCUCCGCGGUGGCGGGGCGCUAGACGACGCCGGCCCAGCCAGCGACGCGGGAGCGGGACAUGCUGGAGCUGCGGCAUCGCGGGGGCUGCCCCAGCCCCGGGGGAGCGGGAACACCGCCACCCCGCGAAGGAGAGGCGGCCGGCGGCGACCACGAAACCGAGAGCACCAGCGACAAAGAAACAGAUAUUGAUGACAGGUAUGGAGAUCUCGAUGCCAGAGGAGAUUCUGAUGUUCCUGAGAUGCCACCGUCCUCAGACAGGACCCCGGAGAUCCUCAAGAAAGCCCUGUCGGGACUAUCUUCAAGGUGGAAGAACUGGUGGAUUCGAGGAAUUCUCACCCUGACCAUGAUCUCGCUGUUCUUCCUGAUCAUCUACAUGGGGUCCUUCAUGCUUAUGCUUCUGGUCCUGGGCAUCCAGGUGAAGUGCUUCCAUGAGAUUAUCACCAUUGGAUACAGAGUCUAUCACUCCUAUGACCUCCCGUGGUUUAGAACACUAAGUUGGUACUUUCUACUGUGCGUGAACUACUUCUUCUACGGAGAGACGGUGGCGGACUACUUUGCUACGUUUGUUCAGAGGGAGGAGCAGCUGCAGUUCCUCAUCCGCUACCACAGGUUUAUAUCCUUCGCCCUCUACCUGGCAGGUUUCUGCAUGUUUGUACUGAGCUUGGUGAAGAAACACUACCGCCUGCAGUUUUAUAUGUUCGCAUGGACCCAUGUCACUUUACUGAUAACCGUUACUCAGUCACAUCUUGUCAUCCAAAAUCUGUUUGAAGGCAUGAUAUGGUUCCUUGUUCCAAUAUCAAGUGUCAUCUGCAAUGACAUCACUGCUUACCUUUUCGGAUUCUUUUUUGGAAGAACUCCCUUAAUUAAGCUGUCUCCUAAGAAGACCUGGGAAGGAUUCAUUGGCGGUUUCUUCUCCACAGUCAUAUUUGGAUUCAUUGCCGCUUAUAUGUUGUCCAAAUACCAGUACUUUGUAUGUCCAGUGGAAUACAGAAGCGAUGUCAACUCUUUCGUGACAGAAUGUGAGCCCUCAGAACUGUUCCGGCUCCAGAGUUAUUCCCUCCCUCCAUUCCUAAAGGCGGUGCUGAGACGGGAAACAGUGAGCUUGUAUCCCUUCCAGAUACAUAGCAUUGCGCUCUCAACAUUUGCAUCGUUGAUUGGCCCAUUUGGAGGCUUCUUUGCCAGUGGAUUCAAAAGAGCUUUUAAAAUCAAGGAUUUUGCAAACACCAUUCCUGGACAUGGCGGGAUAAUGGACAGAUUUGAUUGUCAGUAUUUGAUGGCAACGUUUGUGCAUGUGUACAUCACAAGUUUUAUAAGGGGUCCGAAUCCCAGCAAAGUCCUCCAGCAGCUGUUGGUGCUUCAACCCGAACAGCAGUUAAAUAUCUACAAAACCCUGAAGACUCAUCUCAUUGAGAAAGGAAUCCUGCAGCCCACCUUGAAGAUGUAGCUGCCCUGAAAGAAUGGACUGCCAAAGAGGAGCUCUCAGAACAGCUCCCAAGUCUUCCACUGAGCUGGCAUGGGGCUAAAAAUAUGAUAGAUGCAGGGUUAGCAGAUAUGAAUGUUUCUUUCUCUGAAAUUACUGUGAAUAUUUAACAAACACAUGAUCUGAGUAAUGAGUGUAUAGCAGCCGCCCACCUGGGAAAGAUCCUAUACUUUUCUAAGAUGUAUUUUCCGACGUUAACAUCUCUGCCCUCACUUGCUAGGUUCCAUGAUUUAGAAGACUUGUGUUUUAGAGAGUCAAACACUAUAAACUGAGACCCUCUUAGGGUUGUCCCUGGCAGUGUGACCUUUUGCACAAACCUUGACCUUUGCACUGGGAACUGCCUCUCCGUAGCCCGUUGCUUGCUGCAGGCACUUGGGAAGCCAGGUCUCCGGGGCUUCCUCUUCUUAUAGACUCAAGUAUUUCUGAAGGGCUGAGUUAGAUUAAAAAUAAGAAAGAAAAAGCACGAUUGUCCACUUUUUCUGUUUUUUUUUAUUAUUUUUCUUUUUGUUUGUUCAUGGUACAGGGGAUGGAACCCAGGGUCUCGCAUACACCAGGCAUGCUCCACUCCUGGGUUCCCUUCUGGCAGGACUGCCUAACUGUCAGAGACACAGUAUAGUCUCCUGAGUGGAAAUGUCCCGAUUUUAAGUAGUUUCAAAAUUCGGAGCCUAGAGGCUGAAACUUGUGCCGUUAUCCAUUUGUUUAAAAGCAGGUGUCAGAAUCCACUUCUGAUGAAACUUUUUGAAAACAUAAUCAGCUUCCCGAGAGACGCAGAAGUGGUCCUCAGAGGCUGCAGGAACAGCCACCCGGUGGCUUGAUGGUGGCUUCUACUUUUCUUUGUUCCCUGUGAACUGAUUGCCCGGAUUCCCAGGAAGCCAUGCAGGGGCGUGGCUGAGGUGGAGCCCUGGCAGGGUGCCUGAGGUGAGGCUCCACAUGGUAAGCCAGGACCUGCCCCCAGCUCUCUGUACACCUCACCCGAGACAGAAGAGAGUUCUGCCCAGAGAGCCAGGCCCUGGCCAACCCCCUGCUGUUAACUGUUCUUCCCAUCACAUCACAAAGACCAAGAAUAAACAUCAAGCAGAAGUAAUAGCCAUUAAGAAGAAAAGCACAUGAAUGCCACUCCUUCCUCAGGUGGCCUGGACAUUGUGACCAGACCAGAGGAACCCUCUUAGCCCUGAACAUAAACUCCUGUUGCUGUGUGCACUCGACAGCCAUAUGUAACAUAGAAAAUGUUGUUGGUCACACUCAGAAAUCACCUAGGUCUCCCAUGUCAGUGUUCAGAGGGGAGAAAUAGAUACCUGUAAAGGAUAUUUUGGUAAUGAAAAGAGUAAAUAUUUUGUCUAAAUUAGAAAUGAGUUUCAAUUAUCACACAUUUCCUUCCUGCUAUAGACAUGCUGGGCUCUGAGGAUAAGCCUCAGCCAUCAUGUGUGUUAGCCUCAGGGAGCACAGCAGACAGAGACCCUCAGUCCUGAGCAUGUGUGGUCUCUGCUAAGGUGACUCCUGACCUAGGGCUGCAUUGGGCCCACGCCAUGUCCUGCUAUGCAUGAAACCUACUGAAAGCACUGCCACAGGUUAUUUUCAGUCGGGCCACCUGUGAGUUAAUUCAAGUAUCCCCCGCUUUUGUUUGUCCCCCACUCUCUGCUCCAGUUGUUGACAAUAAAGAGUCACAGACAUGAAAACAACACAGUGAAACCUUGUGACAGGAACAUGCCCUGGAAACAUGGCCAUUGGCACAAGGAAGAGCUGCUUGGGGAUAGUAGAGACUCCCCUGACCCACCUCGUUACCAUGGGAUUGGAGAGUGUUGUGAGACAGGAUUAUGACAGCAUUACUUAUUACAUAUUAAAAACCAAUAUUCUCCUAAACAAAGUAUGAAACUAGUAGGACUAUUAGGGCUACAGUAAAAGCUUUUCUCAAAUAGACUUUUAGAUUUGGGUGUACAUGAUGCCAUAUGAAAAAUAAGUACUGAAUUUUAACAAAGCUCUGAAGAUCAACAUUUCUAGCAUACUUUUAUAGCAUGCAUAUGAAAAUGGACCAUAUCUUACCAAACAAUCAGCAGAAGAGCUAGACUCCAAUCAGCAUUACAUUUGCUCCAGAAAAGCCUUCAGCUAAUGUAGUGAUGUGGGGGACAAAUGAGGACUGGGAACUUCUUCAAGUGCAGUGAUGACCACACUGGGAAUCUGCUGCUGCUUGGUACCCAUCACUGGGAUGCUGAUGUCUCCUAUUCCCCUUAUGGUGGCACAUGCACAGUCACUAUCUGAGAGCAAAGACCAUCCCAUUUCAUUUACCCUUCUCAUUUGCACUUUGGUUUGAACAAAGGUAAUGACACCUAGUUCAAUGAAAAGGAAAUGGUAGCAUCACUGUAUAUACUCUGUACAUGGGUAAAAGUUUAUGAUAUGUGUCAAUCAGUUCUCUGACUCUUUUUACUGAAACUGAGAUAGAAAAAUAGUAAUAAAAAUCGAUGGUAUUUUGA